AUGGACGAACCCUUGUAUUCAAUGUUCACCGGGGCGGACGCAGAGAGGAACUCCCACGCCCUUCUGGAGGGCCGCCUUCCAAUGCCGGAUGGGAUUGAUUCUUACACUCAGUCAUUCCUGGAGCAGUGCCGUUUCCAUCAAGGGCAGCACUCUAUGAUCCCGAUGGAAGUGUCGCCGGACGAUCAUACUUACUUCUGGUCCCAUAAUCCAGAGAAUAAGGGAUCGGAACCGCAUGGGCUUCAUAACAGGCAUUUCAAGGCUGGGAUCUAUUCUUCUACGGUGGCCCAAUGCGACGCUCUCUUCUGCCACAUACCCUUGACAACUGGGUUUGUCCCUCACAACUGGCGGCAUCUGAUGAAUUUCGCCAUUGAAAAGAAGCCAGGAGACUUUCGGCUGACGAAAAUGCGUACAAUUCAGCUCAUGAAUUCUGAAUCCCAACCGAACUACAAGAAACUGGGCCGCCUGGCCAUGGCCUACGGGGAAGGACAUCACCUCUUGGCCGAUGGACAGUGCGGGUCUCGAAAGCACCAUCAAGCGAUCGAUCUUGCCCUGUCUAAACGCCUUGUGUGGGACCUGCUGAUUCUCCAGCGCCGCUCUGCGGGGUGGAUUUCAAAUGACGCAAAGUCUUGUUUUAAUCGGGUCGUUCAUUGGGUUGCGGUGUUAGCUAUGAUGCGCCUGGCGAUUACUUGGAAUGCGUUGCGCAUGAUGUUUGACACUCUCGCAACGUCCACGCACCGAGUGCGGACGGGCUUUGGUGACUCUGAAGAGAGCUUUCAUCCCCCUUCCAUGGUACCAUUUCAGGGGUGCGGCCAGGGCAACGGAGCGGGCCCGCCCAUUUGGGUCUCGGUUAGCUCCGUCAUCAUCCAGAUGAUGACCGCGAUGGGCUUCGGCUUCGAAUGCCUCACCGCAAUUGAUUCCCAACUGAUCACCGCUCAGUGUUUCUGCUUCGUCGACGACACGGAUGUGAUCAAAGCGGGCAAGUCCGUGGAACAAUCCGGCGAGGAUAUAUGCCACUCCGUCCAACAAGCGGCUUCCACGUGGGCUGGAGGCAUUAGUGCUACUGGAGGGGCAAUUAACCCAGAAAAGUCCUUCUGGUGGUUGAUUGACUUUGUGUGGGACUCCAGAGAGGGCAAAUGGAGGUUCCGCCGGACACACCAACUUCUACCGGAUCAUCCAUUACAAAUACCUGGACUGACUGGCGAAUUGGAAGCCUUACGCCGUCUGGAGCCGGAUGAGGCAGAGAAAACCUUGGGGGUCAUGUUGGCCCCAUUAGAAGAUCAACAGGCACACGUCGCCCACCUCAAGAGUAUCGCCAAAAAGUGGGCUGAGCAAGUGCGAUCGGGGCAUCUACACAAAUACGAUGUCAUUCCCCUUAUCAAGACAACAGUGAUGAAAUCCCUGGAAUAUCCUAUGGUGUUAACUACACUGGAUGUUGUGACAUGGGUGUCAAUUAUGAGUCCUGUUCUCCAAGUCUGCCUGCCGAAGGCCGGCAUAUGCAGGAGCUUUCCUCAUUACAUGGUUCUUGCCCCUCUCAAAUUCCAGGGUCUGGGCAUCCCCCAUCCGUUUGGUACUCAGGUGUCUAAACAUAUUGAGGUCCUGCUUCGCCACUUGUCCAACCGAACGAAAACUGGGGCGUAUAUGGAGGCUGCGGUUCAAGAACACCAACUUGAGACCGGCACCUCCUUCGGACUCUUCCAGCAGGACUAUAGCAACACGGCAAUUUUGGCGUCAGAUACUUGGCUCAAAAGAGUCUGGAAAGAGUUGGAGGACUUGGAUAUCUACAUUGCUCUUGACUCUCCUGUCCUCUCUCUCCGGUGCGACGGCGAUGCCUUGCUCAUUGAGGUAUUCAUGGAGUUGGAAGUGGACCAGGACGCUCUGAAAUGGCUCAACUGGUGCCGUAUGUUCCUCCAAGUUUGCACCGUCUCCGACAUCGUUACCGCCGAUGGCCGCAGCAUCCGGGAGUCCAUGUGGCAUGGGGAACGUGACUACGCUCAUCGGUCGUCAUAUCAAUGGCCUCGCACUGUCCGGCCCAACAGGAACCACUGGAAGCUGUGGCAGGACCACCUUACUCGAGCACUACUUGUCUCUGACGGAACCCAGCGCCUACUGCGUCAUCCUCUGGGGCCAUGGUUCGAUCCUCUCGACAACUGGAACUGGUUAUGGUCUUCUACCCACGGAUUGUUCCACCGCCAGGGCCACGGAUGGCAACACUACCGUCACUGUCGCUCCUCCACACGGAGCAUUCAAUGGGACUAUCCUCGUUCUACGCAAUUGUCCGGGUGCAAACGACCACAUAACAAGCCUACCGACAACGGCGUCAGCUUCUUGCCAGCCCCCUUUUGGACCCACCCACUCCCAGCUGACUUGUGCCGAGCUACCGUCCACAUUACGCCUUCGCUAGGUACUCUAGCCCUCACCGGCACUGGGACAACACCGAUGCAGCCGCAUCACGACUCUCAACCGUCUUUGCUAGCUGCCUGGAUGGCCGCCUCAGCCAGGGUGACCGAGUAUGUUGGCUGGACCCCUGAAGAAAUAGAGAUUGAUGGCGACAAAAGCCUCCUUGCUGCAGCCCUACUCGAAGACCGGCUGUGUGUGAUCAGCGACGGUUCUUAUAAGCUCGGUCUGGGCAUGGCAGCGGUUCAACUGCUUCCACGUAAGGGUGGCAAGGAACGUAUUAUUGUUCGGUGCCAGACUCCGGGUCUAACUGAUGACCAGAGCGCGUACCGGAGUGAAUUGAUUGGCCUACUGGCCGGUAUCAUGGUUGUUGAUUGGCUCCUGGACCAGUGGGCCCCAACACUUCGAUCACCACCCCGCGUUAGGAUUG